UCUUAUCUCUUCUUCUCUCUCUCGACACACUCUCUCUCUCUCUCUCUCCCUCCACUCGUUCGAACGAACCAGCGAAGCAAAAGCAGAGACAGUGGUCAUCGAGAGAAGAAGACUGGAGCAGCUCGCCGUCGCCGCUGCUGCUCCGCCCUGCUCGUGCCUCACCGCUCGCCCUCCGCCUCUCCCUCACCCUGCUCAACCGCCACCAACACCUUCUUUCUCCCCUCCGCUUGUUGCUCGAUGUCCCAGCAGAUCUGGGAGGACGCUGGAGCAGAAGCAGCAGUCGACGUCGCUGGUCGCCCUUCCCUGCGCGCGCACGAGUGCAGCCUUGCUUGGCCGCGCCUCUCACCGCUCCGCCGUGCGUCCCCAGCCUCCAGUCGCUUCUGUCCAGCUUCAACAGCAACCCAGCGCGUGGGUUUUCCAGCGGGUUCGUGGGCUGUUUUGGGCCAUUUCCGGGCCCCAAACCCGAGACUUGCUUUAGGAAGAAUCGGUCCUCGUGUCGUCCCGUCGGAUUGAUACGUUUUGCGCUAAAUUCUGAGAAAUGAGCACAUGGUCAUCUUCCAUGGAGCAGCGGUUCAAGGAACAGCCGACUCUUCUGACACCCUCCGCCGGUAACCAAUCAUGCUGCAUUUGCAGAGCCCCACGAAGCCUAGUUCAGUUCAACGAGAAGGCUUUCCAGCCCCAGAUCGUCUCUAUCGGUCCAUACCACCAUGGCAAGGAACGGCUGAAUAUGGUCGAGCAGCAUAAACCUCGAUUUUUCUCGGCUCUCAUCGAACGAACAAAGGAUGGUGGCGUGGGCCUUGACCACUAUUUUACUGCUGUCGCGUCGAAGGAGAACGAGAUUCGGGAUUGCUACUCAGAGUUUCUUCCUUGCGAAAGCAAAGCUCUAAUCGAGAUGAUGGUCCUCGAUGCCUGUUUCAUUGUCGAGGUGUUCCGCAUCUUCGGUCGUGUAAUUUGGUCCAAUUGGGAUGAUCCUAUCUUCACAACACAAUGGAUCUUCCCCUUCCUCAUAAAGGACCUUCUUCAGAUCGAAAACCAGAUCCCUUUCUCUGUCCUUCAAGUGGUCUUCGACUUAUCGAAGGGCGACAUAGCGGACAAAGCCACUACUCCCUCCCUCAACGAGCUUGCGCUAGGAUUCUUCAACUCUGCGUUUCAAAGGCCACAGGAACAAUUGGAGAAGUUCUUCAGGGUUUUCAAUGUCAAACACUUGCUUGACCUGUUCCGACUGAGUUUUAUUGGCCAUACGGAGGUGGAACAACCUGCAAAUGUCUAUGUUGACUACCAACAAUUAAUACCCUCAGCGACGCAACUUCUUCUCUCCGGGAUUAAUUGCAUGCCUAGGAAUGACUGUAACUUGAACUUACUUGACGUCCAAUUCAAUCAUGGAAUACUUCAAAUUCCUCCUUUGACUCUCGACGAUUGCAUGAGCUCCUUCUUACUCAACUGCGUUGCCUUCGAGCAGUCUUUCAACUACAGCUCCAGGCACCUCAGCAGUUACAUCAUCUUCAUGAGAUGUCUCGUGAGCACAGAAAAGGGUGCAGAGCUCUUAUCUGAGAACCGAAUACUUUUGAACUAUCUGGGAUCAAAUGCAGAGGUCGCGACUUUCUUCAAUGAUCUGAGUAUGGGCAUUACCAUCGAUAUCAGCACAAGCUAUUUGGCGGCGAUAUUUGGGCAAGUGAACAGAUACCACGAGAUGUUUUUGCCGCGAACCAGACGCAUUCUAUACGAUUUACGCGUAUUAUUCUCCCCGGAAGUAACUGACCCUCGGGCGACGCAAUUCUGGGAAGACAUGAACUGUGGCGCAGGGGGAUCUACACUCAAGGUUCUAGAAGACUUGAGUACAGCUACGAGUUUUCUUGUCAAUAAUGCAAAUGCCCUUGUUUUUCACUUUGGUUUUGUGUAUCAUCUGUCAGUGAGUAAUUUUAUGUCCUUAAAAGAGAUUGUGAUCACAGCACAGAUCUAUUGGCUAGGUACGGGCUUCGGACCUAUGGAUACCGUGAAAAGUUACGUAGACCAAGUCCAAAUUAGCCAUUGAUUAUGUAAGUUCCAUCUUGGAUUCACAUGAUCAAGGUCCUUAUAUU